AUGUCCUUCAAAGAGGAUAGCUGGUUUGGGUCGUUCGGUGAUCGUCCACGACUAGAAGUGCUGCCCCGUCAACAAUGUGGUGACACUUGUCAGGAAUGUGAUGCAGACGGUCUUUUAGCAAGAGGAUCAAAAAUCAGGAAGAGCACCAUAGCAGGAGUCGGUUUUAAAAAGGGUAAGAAGAAGAGGACCACCAAGGCUGUGGAAGAAGAUGGUGAUUGGAAUAAGUAUGAGACACAUCCAGACAAGCAGCUUGGACCAACGAAUGUCAAUCCAAAUAUGGGAGCUGAGAUCGUAAUUCCGCGAAAUGGAAAAUGAAAAUCUUAGUGUAGUUGAAUGGCUACAAUAAACUUCUUCAAUGCGGU